UUAUAUGUUUUUUUUAUAGUUAACAAAUGGAUCUUAGAGUAGUUGACACUUCAGUUCUUUUACGAAAACGUAAAAGAAAUGAAGAAGAAGAGGCAAAAUUGCAGGAGCAAAUAACAUUCAUUGUUGCUAGUGUCGUUGCUAUGCUUUUAGGUGUAGUAGCUUGGUAUCAUGAGAUGCAUUUUGUUAAGGAACCGUCCCGAAAUUGGGAAUUGGAAAGACGCAAUUUCCUUAAUCGUCUAUAUAGAGGAACUGAAAGUGAUUGCAUUGAACAAUUAAGAGUCAGUAAAAGGGCAUUUUUUAAACUUUGUGGAAUUUUACAAGAUAAAGGACAGUUGGUAAGAACAAGAAAUGUCCCAACGAUUGAAGCAGUGGCAAUGUUUUUGCACAUCCUUGCUCACAACCUAAAGUACAGAGUAGUGCACUUUACCUAUUAUAGAUCCAAAGAAACAAUAAGUAGGCAAUUCAACAAUGUCCUACGAGCUGUGAUGAAAGUGAGUGGGGAAUAUUUGAAGUUUCAAGACCAUAAUAAUCUAGAGGGCUCUGAGGCAUACAAAUGGAGAUGGUUUCAGAAUUCGAUUGGAGCACUUGAUGGGACACAUAUUCCAGUAACAGUGGCAGCAGAAGAUAAACCUAGAUACCGUAAUAGAAAGGGUGACAUCUCUACGAAUGUGUUAGGGGUUUGUGGUCCAGAUUUAAAGUUUAUUUACGUGUUACCUGGUUGGGAAGGCUCGGCAGGAGAUUCACGAGUAUUGCGAGAUGCUUUACGUCGUCAAAAUCACCUUCAAAUUCCGAAUGGUAAAUACUUUCUGGUCGACGCAGGAUAUACAAAUGGCCCGGGAUUUUUAGCACCUUAUUGAGGGACAAGAUAUCAUCUCAAUGAGUGGAUUGGAAACACCCC